CUGGACAUCUGUGAGAUUGUUGACAUGACUGUUGGGAGCAGACAUAAUUUUUUUUGAGUUUCAAGUAAGUCACUUCCUUCUGUUAGGCGGACGAAAAGUUCUGUGAUUUCAUAGAAAGUUUUCGAAUUACUAGUGUUAGUAAGCAUUUACGUGGGAGUGAAAAGUUUGAACAUUCAGAGGCGUUAUUGUGUCAAAUUUCAUCGGCAGGUUCGUGGCUUUUCAAUCUCAUAGUGACACCCUGUUCCUGGAGCCGAAUUUUUCAAUUAGCUUCCUGCUGUCAUUUGAGACACUUUACGGUUUAAAAUAGGACAGCUGCAAGACACCGUUUUAUCCACAUCUAUUUUCCUAAGAAUCAUAGUUGAAAUUCUUUAACUCAGUGUCUGCAUCCUGCCAAGCUGUCAGUCUUGUCACUAGAAGUAAUCAUCUCGAUGUCCAAGUAGGAAGUAGGAACUCACGAUCAGCGGCCAGGAUCUUGCAUAAUCAUUGAUUUUCUAACAUAAAAUACCAGAAUUGUCAGUAGUAAUCUACUAUCCACUAAGAAUUACUGUUCCCGUAAUCUUUUGAAGGCAGUUAGUGGUGCUCUUCAAUGUGGCUUGACUCCCACUGCACUGCGCCCCAUUCAUUGAUUUGAACUUCAAAUGUGAAUUUCCAUUCUUGCCAACAUGAACGAUGAACAACAACCAGUUGCCCGGAAGGUUGUUACUCGAUUCCAUCAAUUCCAUGGCAACAACAUCCAGCUUCUGGAAGAUAACACAGUCGCUUACCGCAAAUCGAGUUUUGCCAAUGCAUUGACGUUUAGUGAGAAACCCCUUCUUCCGGGUGAAAUAUUCCUGAUUGAAAUAGAGAAAAACGAACGAGGAUGGAGUGGAUACAUGAGAUUAGGAUUGACACAAUUAGAUCUGGAAAAACAGUAUGCUGAUGGACAAUGUCCACCGCAGUAUGCCCUACCAGAUUUGACAAAUACCAGCACUUCCUGGGUUUAUGCAAUUACGAAGACACAGAAUAAUGUUUAUGAACUAGAUAACUUUAGUAGUGGCGUGUCCAGAACGAAUCAAGAAGACUCUCCAAAGCAUUUACUCGGGGAUGACAACAACAUCAAAACAUCACGUGGAACUAUUCCGAGGUGCAUUCUUAGACCUUCAUCUGUAGGUUUCUCGCAGGAAAUUUUACCAACUGAUGUUGGUAGCAGGAUUGGUGUAAUGUACAUUCCAAAUGAGCAGGGUGACAAGGAUGUUGCUGAGAUGCAUUUCAUCAUCAACGGAGAGGAUCAAGGAGCGUGCUAUGCCCAUAUUCCGUACAAGAAAGCUCCUCUUCACGCUGUAGUAGAUGUCUAUGGAACAACCAAACAAGUCAAAAUUGUCCAAAUUUAUGGAAUUGCUUCUUUGCAGAGCGCUUGCAGGGAUGCCAUUCUGCAGCAUUUAACAAAUCAAGCCGUCUCCUCUCUACCUUUACCGAAGGCUCUGAAAGAGUAUCUUCUAUAUCAGUCAUAAAUACUAUUAUUCUUUUAGUUUUGUAUAAUGUACUUUAAUGUUAUUAUUUAACUGAAAGAAUGUACAUAGCUUGCUACAUUAACAUGAGUCAUGCCAGAAAAAUUUUCCAGUUAAGCUUUUGCUAGUUCGUACUAAGUAUCAGUCAGUCAUUGGUGCCCUAGAGAUUUUGGCAACUGAAAAUUAAAGGAGUCUUGCUUAACUUAUUUGGUUUUAAACGAUUUUAAGAGAGAUUUUUGGCCGUCUUCAUCUGGAGAAAGACAGCCUUUCAGUCAUUAUUGUGAUAGUAAAAAAUACUUUUGUCCGUUUUCAAUUUUAAGAAGUCUGAAGUCUAUUAUUUUAGAAUAAUAAACCUACCCUGAAUAUUUAAAAUUAA